AUGCCCCAAGUUGGAGUCUCACGCUGUCACUGGUACAAUAUUAGCGCCAGAAGCGGCCAGCUGCUGGGUCCUGCUACUGGCUUUCUGCCACUCUUCAAGGACCGGCCUCCACCAGAACUGGCGGCGCGAGCGUUGACCCCUAUACGCACUAAGUGGGUAAAGAUCCACAGGCGCUGCCAAGCCGGGGCCCUUACUGGUCUAAAGGGAAAACUGCAGUUUUUCACGGGCCAGAUCUCAUCGGGUGCUAAGCGGGCGCUGUUUGCGUUGAUUUUACGGACACCGUUUCUGUCCAUGCAAAAAUUCAACGGAUAUGCCGGGAGCCUGUUCUCUAGCGGGCCUUACGAAAAAGAUGACGAGGAAGCGGAUGCGAUUUAUGCCGCUCUGGACAAGAGGAUGGACGAGAGGAGAAAAGAGAGACGAGAACAGCGUGAGAAAGAGGAGAUUGAAAAAUACCGAAUGGAACGACCCAAAAUCCAGCAACAGUUCUCAGAUCUGAAAAGAAAACUCGCUGAAGUCACCGAGGAGGAAUGGCUGAGUAUUCCGGAAGUUGGCGACGCAAGGAACAAACGCCAGAGGAAUCCGCGUUACGAGAAGCUGACACCUGUUCCUGACAGUUUCUUUGCCAAGCACUUGCAGUCGGGGGAGAAUCACACAUCUGUUGAUCCCAGGCAGACGCAAUUUGGAGGUCUGAACACUCCCUUCCCUGGGGGCUUGAACACUCCCUAUCCAGGUGGGAUGACCCCUGGGCUGAUGACACCUGGCACAGGUGAGCUGGACAUGAGGAAGAUCGGCCAAGCGAGGAACACUUUGAUGGAUAUGAGACUCAGCCAGGUGUCCGAUUCCGUGAGCGGCCAAACGGUGGUGGAUCCCAAGGGCUACCUGACCGACUUGAAUUCCAUGAUACCCACGCAUGGUGGAGAUAUCAAUGACAUCAAGAAAGCCCGCUUGCUUCUGAAGUCCGUGCGCGAGACUAACCCUCACCACCCACCGGCCUGGAUUGCUUCCGCGCGCCUGGAAGAGGUGACUGGCAAGCUGCAGGUGGCCCGCAACCUCAUCAUGAAGGGGACGGAAAUGUGCCCGAAGAGUGAAGACGUCUGGCUGGAAGCUGCUCGGCUGCAACCUGGGGAUACUGCUAAGGCCGUGGUAGCCCAGGCGGUCCGGCACCUCCCGCAGUCUGUGCGGAUUUAUAUCCGAGCUGCAGAGCUGGAGACGGACAUCCGGGCGAAGAAGCGAGUCCUUCGGAAAGCGCUGGAGCAUGUUCCAAACUCUGUGCGCUUGUGGAAGGCGGCGGUGGAGCUGGAAGAGCCUGAAGAUGCCAGGAUCAUGCUCAGCCGAGCUGUGGAAUGCUGCCCCACCAGCGUGGAGCUUUGGCUCGCUCUGGCGAGACUGGAAACUUACGAGAACGCCCGCAAAGUCCUCAACAAGGCCCGUGAGAACAUCCCGACCGACAGGCACAUCUGGAUCACAGCUGCCAAGCUGGAGGAGGCAAACGGGAACACUCAGAUGGUGGAGAAGAUUGUUGAUCGAGCCAUCACCUCGUUAAGGGCUAACGGGGUGGAAAUAAACCGGGAGCAGUGGAUCCAGGAUGCUGAGGAGUGUGAUAAAGCGGGCAGCGUGGCCACGUGCCAGGCAAUCAUGAGAGCUGUGAUCGGGAUCGGGAUCGAGGAGGAGGACCGGAAGCACACCUGGAUGGAAGAUGCAGACAGCUGUGUUGCUCACAAUGCUUUGGAGUGUGCCCGGGCUAUUUACGCUUACGCCUUGCAAGUUUUCCCAAGCAAGAAAAGCGUCUGGUUGCGAGCGGCUUAUUUUGAAAAGAAUCAUGGAACCAGGGAAUCCUUGGAGGCUCUCUUGCAGCGGGCGGUCGCCCACUGCCCCAAAGCAGAAGUCCUUUGGCUGAUGGGAGCAAAGUCCAAGUGGCUCGCCGGAGACGUGCCUGCUGCCAGGAGCAUUUUGGCUCUGGCUUUCCAGGCCAACCCCAACAGCGAAGAGAUCUGGUUGGCUGCCGUCAAGUUGGAAUCUGAAAACAACGAAUACGAGAGAGCCAGGAGGCUGCUGGCUAAAGCUCGGAGCAGCGCCCCGACCGCCCGGGUCUUCAUGAAGUCGGUCAAGCUCGAGUGGGUGCUCGGGAAUAUUGAGGCGGCCCAGGAGCUCUGCGAGGAAGCCCUGAAGCAUUACGAAGCCUUCCCCAAGCUGUGGAUGAUGAAAGGGCAGAUCGAGGAGCAGCAGGAGCUGACGGAAAACGCCCGCGAGGCCUAUAACCAAGGGCUGAAGAAGUGCCCCGGCUCCAUCCCCCUUUGGCUCCUGCUGUCCAGGCUCGAGGAGAAGGUCGGGCAGCUCACCCGAGCCAGAGCCAUCUUGGAAAAAUCCCGCUUGAAGAAUCCGAAGAACCAAGAUCUCUGGCUGGAGUCUGUUCGCUUAGAAUACAGAGCUGGACUGAAGAACAUCGCAAACACCCUGAUGGCCAAAGCGCUGCAGGAGUGUCCCAACUCUGGAAUCCUGUGGUCAGAAGCGAUCUUUCUAGAGGCCCGACCCCAGAGGAAGACCAAGAGCGUGGAUGCCCUGAAGAAGUGCGAGCAUGACCCCCACGUCCUGCUGGCCGUGGCCAAGCUGUUCUGGAGCGAGCGCAAAAUAACCAAAGCCCGAGAGUGGUUCCUUCGGACCGUGAAGAUCGACUCUGAUCUGGGAGACGCCUGGGCUUUCUUCUACAAGUUUGAGCUUCAGCACGGCACGGAGGAGCAGCAAGAGGAGGUGCGGAAGCGCUGUGAGAACGCGGAGCCCCGCCACGGGGAGCUGUGGUGCGAGGUCUCGAAGGACAUCAGCAACUGGCAGAGGAAGAUCGGUGAAAUCCUGGUGCUGGUGGCGGCCAAGAUCAAAAACACCUUUUAGAGUCCAGGCGGCACGGAGCGAUGCCAGCCGGGCACAGGCUCUGCCUCCUUGGCACGUUCAUUGAGGACUUAGUUCUCGCCAGAAACAAGCAGUGGAGUUUAGGAGGCGAGAGAAUGGAAAGGGACAGGUAUCCCAGUAAAUUGGGACGGAACGGAAUUUGUUCAGCUAGAAGCGUUACUUUCCAGGCUGGCAGCCCCAGGACCGAAACAGCAAUAACUAAGAAGCCGCAGUCAGCCGCCUGCCUUUGAAUGCCGGAACUCCGGGGGUUGUUUUGGCCCCAGAUUCCCUCUCAACUAUCGGGCUGACCACUGGGCCUUGCAGCUCUCUUGGUUUCUCUAUUCCUGUCCCUUUUCCAGCAAUAAAUAAAUAAAUCGCUUUUUAGUUGCUGGCGAGCAGUAAAGAGACAAGCUGGUUUUAAACCAGUCGUGGAGUUCCGUAGGAAAAGCCUGCGAACUGUGGUUUUGUGUGUGUGUAGGUGUGUCGAGGAGGGGGUGGCCUUAAAACCGCUCCUCUUUGUGAACAAAUGGGAAGGCCGGAGAGUUGUUGCUAAGGUACACCUUCCAGGGGUCCUAGCGGGGAGCUUGAAACCCUUUUAGGACGUCGUGCCGUAGGCACGACUGCGAUAAAGGCGAGGAGAGCAGACAAGUGCGGGGAAGAUCCAAGAGCCGGAGGGAGCAGGCAGAAGGUCAAAGUGUUUCUUGCCCCACGAGAGGCGCAAACAGGAGUUGCUUCCUUGGGACCCUUGGGACGAAUCCUCGUCGAAAUGCCUUAAUGGCUGUUCGAUAACAUUCAGAACGAGCGACUGUUUUUGAAAGCGUCCAUUCUUAUUUUUCCACCAGAUUCCUGGAAACGGGGAAGGAGUGGCGUCUUCCUUUCUAGAAGGAAAAUGCCUCUAAAUGUUAGAGGAGCUUAUAGGCUAACAAAUGGAAAUGAGAGUUUAUUAGCCAUGGAAGUCUGGGGGGGAAGAGCAUGUCUUUGUCCACCCCAAAGUGGGAAAGUACUGACUGGUUGUUAGAGGGCCUCAACUAGAUAGAAAUUCCCUGCAAACUCUUGCCGUGUUAAAAUUAUUUAAAUGGUUGGGAGCACCUUUUUGCUCAUUUGGCUAGGUGACGCUCAGAAGCGUUAAAGGAAUUCCUGCUUGGAGAAGAUAUUUUUUGUUCUCUGUACAGAUGUGUUUGUAGAAGUGCAUUCCCAUUUUUAACUCUUUAUUCCCCGUCAAAAGUAGCACCCUGCGUUCUUCUCCCCACCUCCAAACUCAACCGAACCUCCAGUUCUUGGAUGAAAUGGUCUGUCCCCCCCGCUGGUGCAAACUGUAUUUGUGUGUCGGGAUAUAUCGGGAUUGCUUUCUUGUGCUUCUGCUCGACAUCUCGGUCGGACAAAUUGUUGUAGCCGGCGGCAACUGUACAAAAUAUCGAGCUGUAAAAUACAAUUCUGUUUUGUUAUGUA